GGCAUAUUUGAAAUGGGAACUGUCCCCGCCAAAAUAAGGGACUCGUUAGAAGCGCAGGCGCAUGGUUUUCAACAAAAAAGAAAAUAAGGCUCACGAGAAAGAGAGGUUUAGUGUAGGCUUUUUAUAGUCGUUGUCCCGAUGCGCUGGCGCACGGAAGUAUCGAGCUUCAGGAUCGGGCCUUAAUCUCAUUCUAAUAAAAAGCUCACGCAUAAAUUGACGUGCUGUCAUUAGGUUUUUAAAAUAGUUUUUUUUUCUAAUGUCGAUGUGUAAACUUGCUGUGAGGUUCUGUAGAUGUUAAAUUAUGUCCGACACGUGCGGUUUAUGGUUAUUUUUAUGGUCGCAUUAUGACAUUAUAUUUGUGAUGUUUUGUGAAAAGGGUUGUUUUUAUUAUUGAGCAAUCAUUAGGACUUCAUACCUCGGACUGUGUGGUCGUGUUUAUUUAUCAGUUAAUUAGCAUCUCUUUUAUUAAGGUUAUAAUGGAUUAAUUUGUGGUUGAGUGAAGUUCUUUUUUUAACUGUGGAAAUUAAUUUAAAUAUUAUAUCAAAAUGUUCUUGAGGUUCGAACCAACAAAAUCAACAAAGGGCGCCAGCAAAAUGCGCCGUGAUCUCAUCAACGCCGAGAUCUCCAACCUUCGGGAUCUCCUGCCGCUCCCGCCGUCCACCAGGCAGAGGCUCUCUCAGCUCCAACUCAUGGCUCUCGUCUGUGUUUACGUUAGGAAAAUGAACUAUUUCCAACAAGUGUUCAAAAGUCACGAAUUCAGUUAUCAGUACCAAGAGCAAGCGACUCCCACACCUAAUAUUGGAUUUUCUAAGGCCAUGAACGGGUUUAUGAUGAUGAUGACACAGAAUGGGAAACUAUUGUACAUAUCGGAAAACGCGGCGGAAUAUUUAGGGCAUUCUAUGGAGGAUCUACUAAUACAUGGGGACAGUGUAUAUGACAUAAUAGACAGACAAGAUCACCAGACGGUUCAGAUGGAGCUGAAUAGAGGCGAUAACGCAGAGACUGAAAUAGUACCAAAGAAUAGACAUUUUUUCUGUAGAAUGAACGUUUCAAGGAACGCAAGGAGGCAAAUGAGAUUUGGGGACCAAAAAGUAGUUCUUGUAAGAGGCCAUUACGUAUCAUACCUGCCGCUGUGCAGCCGCAACGAACCAGUGUUCCUGGCGGUGUGCACGCCGCUCGCGAUGCCCGAGACGCGCGAGUGCGUCGUGCACGGCGCCACCAACGUGUUCACCACCGUGCACGCGAUGGACAUGAAGAUACUGCACAUCGACGCCAAUGGUGAAUGGUACUUAGGAUGGAAAAAGCAGGAACUAUCCGAUGUGUCGUGGUACCAACUGCUACACUGGGAAAGUUUACGAGAUGCACAGAGUAAACAUAGACUGAUAACACAGUCUGAACAGGACAAAUGUUGUAUCCUACUGGCGAAGUUACAGCAACGUUCUGGACAAUUCCUGUGGGUCCAUAUCGUAUUGCAAGUAAAGGACGCGGCGGACUCUCCAAGGCAGUUCAUUGUAGCCACAAAUCAGAUAUUAAGUGAAGAAGAAGCUUCAAUAAUGAUGGCCAACUCCUGGUUAUACCAAUACUACGGUUACCAAAAUCAACCGUGCAACAUGAUAGACCCUAGAUGCCAAAAGUUCUUCAGGAGAGAGCAAUGCUAUCAAGAGCCUUACCAGGAAACAUAUCAGUAUAUAGAAAACCAGGAGUUGGAGUAUACGGGGUACCACGUGUCGUCGUAUGUGCAAAAUAAAGGUGUUGAGGAGUUCAGUGGUUGCGAACGGGUGUACCAGGAUAGAGGCCCUGUUGACUAUUCCACUCAUUCUCCACAAUCUACUAUUAGUGAAGAAAGAUCUCCUCAUCAUUACGACGCUCCGUCAGAGAUAGUGGUAAACAGUAAUAUGUAUAUGUACCCACAUCAUGGCAAGAGGGAAUACUAUGAGCAAUAUCCAAGAGUUACAUAUAUGCAAGGACCAUGUUCAAGUGGUUCAUUAGAUGCUAUAGAAUAUCCAAGUCCGAAACGCAUGCGCUUAGUGCCUGCCACGUUAGCAGUUGAAGAGGAUGGCAUGGACCGCUGGAACCCAAGCCCACCCUGGUCGGACACCACCCUCAAACUACCAGAGUACACCCAGCGUUUCACAUACAACCACAUGAUGGCAAUACCGCCAAAUGAAAGAGCUAUGGUCACCUAACAAACACCAUAAAAUUGUACAUAUUUUACUAGAAUCAGCUUCCACCAAAGUGCGCAUGAACCACGCACACAAAAACUAUACAGGGGUUCUCAAUUCAUUUCUCAGAGAUUCCUAACAUUGUGUGUCAAUCUUUGUGCUGGAUAUGUCUAAUAAGUUUGGUUAAAAUCAUUUUUAAAAACAAGUAUUUAUUUAUUAUCCUUAGGAUUUAUCAUCAGACUGGGUCGUCACGUAGGGUUAUAAUUAUGUCAAAGCAAAUCAAAUGAGCCCAAAAACGACGGAUUUAUCCGUCGGUCCGAGUUCCUAUAUCUACCGUCCUUCUUCAUCAUCAAACUAUGACACACCAUAAUAUAUUGUCAGUGAACUUAUGCUUGAGGAUGUCGGAAUUUGAGACGAGGAUAUCUAAUAUAUAAUAUUGUGGUUCAAUUCAAUCAAUCAAUGAAAACUGCAGCGGUAGCAGCUCGGUGAUUGGGACCAUUCCAUCUUCUCUGAGACCUUCUCAUCCUUUAAUGGUGGCUAAAGUCAUUCAAUCGUAAACUCAUUCAAUCGUAAUGUCAUUCAAUCGUAAUGUCAUCCAAUCGUUCUCGGUAUCAGAUACUUAUUUUAUUAAUAAUUUUUAUAACUUAUUAAUAACAAAUCUAUUUGGCAUAUUAUUAAAAUGGCAAAUUAUUACAUCAUAUUUAUUGAGUAAUUUUUAUUUAUAUAUCAAUUUGCAAUUAUGUAGUGUAUUGCCAAAUGUCUAAUCAUAAAUUAAUGUAUUAAAUAUCUCUUUUACCCUCCCGUUAAAGUUUCGCUGUCGAUUAUUUCUCAAUACUUUGUUAAAACUACUUUUUUAUUAUAUUGUUUAAAUAAGUCAACACAAAAGUUUAAUAAUAAUGUAUAAAUUAAUAAUCAGUAUAAAUUUAUUCAAUUCUAAAAUAAAUUCAUAUGUUUUAAAGUAUUAUUCAAUGUUCUUUGAAUCUCUUGCUUUAUGAAAUAUAACAUGCAUAAUAAAAAGUUGCUGAAAUUAAUUAUUAAAAAUGUAUUAAAAAUAUUUAUUUCGCCUCAUAAAAGUUGAUUGUAAUAAAUUUCAAACAUUACCCCUAAAUAUCGUUUCUAUUAUCAAAAUUCAAAAUACUGUAAAUAAAAUCAUUAACAAUUUUAAUGUUAUAUAUUAUAUUUAUAAUUAAGGUUGUUCCUAUAAAAAAUUGAGCUCAAUAAUAGAUGGAGUAUAUAACAGUAUUUUUAGUCUAAGUGUCAUGUCAGAAUUUUUUUUUGUUAUUUUUUCUUUUUAAAUUAAGUUGUAGUGAUUAAAAAAAGCAAUGAACGAUUCCGUCCAAAUAUUUUGUGCAUUGCAUUCCAAAGGAAUAGAUAAAACUUUUUUUUGUUGUAUAUAAAUGUAUUAUUAAAUUGUUAAGCGCUUGUAAAUAAAUCUAUAGUAUUUAAACAUAAGUUAUACUGGAAAAUAAAUUAAAAUAAAUAAUA